UUCUUCGGUUCCGGAAGUAGCCCAUUGUACUUCCUCUGUCGAGAAACGUGGUAGCUUAGCGUGUGGUAUGUCUCUGGUGUAGACCGUUUCUUAGUGUAUUCUGUUAUUUUUCUGGUUCUUUUUCAUCAUGACGGAGGAGAAGCAGAGCGGGACGCUGCUCGCCCUAAACCCCAGUGAAGAGGCUGAGUUUCAGAAAAAAGUGCAGCAAGUAAAAAAGCGACAGAAAUCGGCUUUAACUCCAGGAGUGGUGUACGUAGGCCACCUUCCCCAGUCUCUCGCUGAGCCACAGCUCAGAGCAUACUUCUCUCAGUUUGGCAAAAUCCUGCGCUUGAGGCUUUCCAGAAGUAAAAGGACUGGCCGGAGUAAAGGCUAUGGCUUUGUGGAGUUUGAAUGUGAUGAAGUGGCCAAGAUUGUGGCAGAGACCAUGGACAACUACCUCAUGGGCGAAAGGCUGAUCAAAUGUCAAGUGUUGCCACCUGAAAAAGUCCAUGAAAAGCUCUUUGUCGGUUCUCAGAAAAUGUUUAAGAAGCCCAGCCGGCCAGCGGUUUCACGUUAUAAUAAAGAACAUGGCACAGAGGAGAUUAAGAAACUUACCGAAAAGCUCCUACGCAAAGAAUCAAAGCUUCGCAAGAGACUAGCGGAAAGGGGCAUCGACUAUGAAUUUCCAGGAUUUAUAGCUCAAGUUCCAGCAAAGAAAGCUUUGUCAGAGGCUGAUGCAUCUGUCUGCAGUGAGGACUCCACACCGGUUUGUACACCUUCAGUCCUGGAGAGGAGACGGUCUAUUAAAGUCAAGGAGGAUGAUGUAGAUGAUGAAAUUGUUCUCAAAGUUCCACCACAGAACAUUGAAAACUCUGAUGAGGAGGAUGAGGAGGAAGGCUCAGAAGAGGAAGAUGAUGACGAGGAAGGUUCAGAAGAGGAAGAUGGGGGUGAUGAGGAAGGCUCAGAAGAUGAAGAGUCCCAUUCUGAUGAGGACUGAGCCUCUUUUGAAGAUGGACUCAAGAGCUUUAAUCAUGUAAAGGGGCUUAAAUAUAAAGUGUAGAGUUGUAUUUGGACAUUUCUUUGUUCCUCUGUGAAAUUGAGAGGAGUUUCUGUCACAGCUGAUAUCUUGGCCUGAUGUAUGGACCAAUGAACUGUCAGUAUGUUUUUUGUAAAUAUCUGAUUGGGGGCUGUUUUUAUGCAGAUGUGUUUUCUGGCUAUUUCUUGGAUGUGGAUUAUCAGCUCAAUUUUGUUGAAGCAGUGUAAUGCUCUUAUUCAAAAGCAAUGUUAAAUCACAUUUUUAAUGUAAUGUUUCUUGCUUUGAGACUAUGCAAUACAACAGUAAACUAA